AUGCACUGUGUGGCGAGAUUACACAAUACGUUACAUAACUUGUUCAAUAACAGAGAGGUUUGGGAGUUUUUCUGGAAUUCUUUUUCGGUAAAAACUCGAUCUCAAAUUUGCAGAUCAAUUCAAUUACAACAACUGUUUUACUGUUCAUUUCUUUGUAUAUCGCUGUCAUCACUCUUUUAGGAGAAAACUUCUGUAAGUAUAGAUAACUUUUGUGUACUCUUUUCUCACUUGAAACGUUAUAGUAAAUCCUCUGGCUGAUCAUGUGAAUCCUGUGAACACUGCAAGCGAAGAUGUGACAGUUCGUUCUAUUUUCGUUCUCUUCAUCCUUCUCAUUGCUGGAAUUUUUGCUGCCAAGUUGUCGAAAAUGUUGAGAAUUCCCCCGUUGUUUGGUAAAUUGGCCUCGGGUCAUAUAUAACGUAAGAAUAUCUUCAGGAUGUCUGGUUCUUGGAAUCAUUGUCAAAAACGCGACAGUUUUUGAGCAGUUUUUCGUGUUUCCACCAUUCCUGGAGACCACAAUCAGAAAGGUUGCACUUGUGAAUAUUGUGAUCAGAUGGGGAUUGUCUACCGAUGUGCAGUUUCUCUAUGAGAAUGCGGUGAUGCCGGUUACUAUUGGUUUGGUAACGGCUGCUGGAGAAAUUGUCGCGAUCACAAUUGCUUCCUACUUCAUUCUCAAUAUGACAUUUGUCAUGUCUAUCUUCUGCGCGUAAGUUACUUUGUUUAUUUUAACACUAACAAUGUACCUUCAGGUUAAUUCUCUCCACAGUCUCCCCAGCCAUUGCCGUCCCGGCUCUGACUAACUUUAAGGAGAAGAACCUUGGAGCUCUGAAAAGAAUUCCAGAAAACAUUAUCGCUGUUUGCUGCGUUGAUAAUCUUUUCUGCAUUAUUCUUUUCAUGGUACUGUCUUCUAUCAUUUUUACGGAUGGUAAGUAACAUAAAUGAAAACGAUUAGAAGAUUUCGAUACGUUUUAGCACCAAUCGCUACAACUAUUCUUUUGAAUGCUGGAACAAUUGUUUUCGGAAUUAUCGGAGGCGUCAUCCUCGGAUGGCUGCUCUGGAGAUUUCCCAGAUCCGAUGCCCCUCACACUCAGUUUGCUAGAAUCACUCUUCUCGGAGCCAUUUCCAUUUCAUUGAUCAUCGGAACAUAUCUCAUCAAGUAUUCUUGCUCUGGAUUCAUUGCCGCACUCAUCCUGGGUGCUAUGUGCGCUAUGCAAUGGAAAUCGGACAACAAGGACAAACUUGAGUGCGUGGAAUCCACGUACAAAUACAUUUGGGAUUGUUUUGCCCUCCCGCUUCUCUUCAUUUUCCUUGGAAUGAAGUUUGAUUGCUCAACGGUAAGCUGUGCACUAAAACUCGCGUUUUUUGAUAGUUCUCUAUUUUCAGUUGACCUGGGAACUCGUGUUCCUCUGCAUUGCCGUUAUUGCGAUUGGUUUGCUGGUCAGAACCAUUCUCAUCAUGCUUGUUACACUUUCAUCUCACAUUAACUUCAAAGAGCAGAUCGUUGUGGCUCUGAGUUUGCUGCCGAGAGCUACUUUCCAGGUUAUUCAGGGAAUAUAGUAUUUUUGUAAAAAUUUCCAUUCCAUUUCAGGCUGACCUUGCCCCAACACUUCUGCUCAUGGCUGCCCCGUUCCCGGACCUCUCACGAGAUGCUUCGCUUGUCUUGAAAGCAGCUAUACUUUCAGCUUUGGUCACUUCCCCAAUCUUUGAUAUUCUCCUCAACCUGGUCGGCUCCAAAUGCUUGACUCCAUAUAAUCCUCAGGUACUCCUAGUUAUCAUCAAUUUCAUCAGCAAUCAAAAGUAUCCUCCAGGAACCACAAGAAAUUGAGAAAACCUACGACAGAAGUUACAUGAAUGGCGACAAUGUGGAUGAGACUAUCUAUGCUGCUCGCCCCAAAACGUAUUCAGAGUACCGAGCUGAGACUGUUAUCGAAAGAUACUGA